AAAAAGGAAGCAACAUCAGUUUCACAUGUUAGAUUGGGCUCAACCCACAGCUACACGUAUCAGAUCAGCCUUCCACACAUCACUCUGAACGCAACGAACGCUGCUUACCUCUCAUCUCACAGCACAGACCACAAUGGACGAACUUGACAUGCUUUUAGAGGAGUUGGCGCAGAACUCCACCCAGACUUCAAAUGUUCCUGCACCCAUUCCACCCAAAACUCUCCACCUGGGAGCCUCGGUUAAAAGUAGCAGCACACCUCAGUUUGAACAAACUGAAUCCUCAGGAUUUGUUGCUGGUCCAGGAAAGACAUGUGAUCCCUACAGUGUGGUUCCGGUUCCCGUGGAGGCCGGAGUGAUGAGUCCCGGCACAGCUACACGAGAACUGGACUCCAUCAUGAAUGAGCUGCUAGGGCUAGGCCUGGAGGUUUCAGAACCCACAUCAAACCCACCUCCAGUUGCUUAUAAGGCAACGAAAGACAAAAAACCUGAGGAAACUAAAGAAAGCGAUAGUGGAACGCAAAAAGAGGCUGUGAACCCAAUGCAUCCUCCCCUGUCACAGAAAGUAUCCAAGAAUGUGGAUGCUAUAGAUGACUUGCUGGGCUCUCUCAGCUCAGACAUGGAGAAAAUGGGGGUCCGGACAGCUGCCAAAGGCCACUGUGCUUCUUGUGGCAAGUGUAUAGCUGGGAAGAUGAUUACAGCUUUGGGUCAGGUGUGGCAUCCGGAACACUUUGUGUGCACGGCAUGCAGGGAGGAACUGGGCACAUGUGGCUUCUUUGAGAGAGACGGCAAGCCGUACUGUGAGAAAGACUACCAGAACCUCUUCUCCCCUCGCUGCGGUUACUGCAAGGGUCCUAUUACUCAGAACAUUCUAACAGCGAUGGAUCAAACAUGGCACCCAGAACAUUUCUUCUGCAGCCACUGUGGAGAUCUAUUUGGACCUGAUGGGUUUCUAGAGAGAGAUAGUAAGCCAUAUUGCUCUAGGGAUUUCUACCGCCUCUUUGCACCCAAAUGCUCCGGCUGUGGAGAGCCAGUGAAGGAGAACUAUCUGUCUGCAGCCAAUGGAACCUGGCACCCUGACUGCUUUGUCUGUGCGGACUGCCUGAAGCCUUUCACAGACGGUUGCUUCCUUGAGUUGAACGGUCGCCCCCUCUGUUCCCUGCAUUAUCACUCCAGACAGGGCACUCUGUGUGGGACCUGUGGAGAGCCCAUCUCGGGCCGCUGCAUCGCUGCUCUGGACCGCAAGUUUCACCCUGAACACUUUGUGUGUGCGUUCUGCCUUCGGCAACUGAGUCAGGGAGUGUUUAAGGAGCAGGCAGGGAAGCCGUACUGUUCAGUUUGCCAUACGAAACUCUUUGUGUGAAAAAUGAUCAAGGUUUUAAAGCAGUGGUUGUCAAACUUUUUAAAGGCCCCUCACAUUCAAAAUAAUCUAAAAUAUACAAAUAAAUAUAUAAUAAACAUAUUAAUAUAAUAAUAUAUUACAAAAUAUAUUAAAAUAAUGAACCAGGAUUCAUAAAACCUGUAUUUUCUUCUAUAAAAUCAAUAUUAAGUGAGGGGAAAUAAACAAAUAAAAAUGUGACUUCAGUUUCCAUCUUUUUUUUUUUUUUACUUUUUUUUUUUUUUACAUUUUCAUUUACUUUUUUUUUACAUUUAAAAUUACAAUUAUUUCAACAUAUAAGUUUUUUUAUUUAUUUAAAUACUUUAAAGUCACCCUGUGGGCCCCGACUCCCUGAUUGAGAACCACUGUUUUAGGCUAUGUUUACAAAAACAGAAAACGUUUUAUCCUUGCAUUUUUAAAAACUUUCACAUAUACACAACAACAUUUUCAAAAUAAUUUACACAUAGCCGUGAAAACGACCAAAAACGCUGUAUUACAUAUGCCAGACCAGUAGUUGGCGCUGUCAUCUUGUUAGUAAACCUGUAGGGAAGUGAUGAUUUUUUAUGUACGUGAUGUGUCUCUGCUGUUGGCCUUCUAUUACUGUCUAUGGCUGUUGAUUGCAAUAUUGGUGAAGUAAAUCCACACUUUGCUGAAGAAGUGUUAGCAAACUCUUGAGCUGCAGCAACAGUACCAUAUACUCCGCCAUUGUUGUGUAUGCUUGUUCGCGCUUGCCUUUAAAAUCAACACGCAUGUCUACAUACCUAACAUGUACUAUGCAUGUGCAUGACGUCAACAUUUUCAAAGUUACCCUUAUUGGGUGUUUGCAGGGAAUCGGUUUACGGUGCCAGUUUCAAAUACUUGCACUUUGAAAUCCGUUUUUUAAAGUAUUCAUUUUCAGUUCCCCAAAAAUGCUGUUGUUGUGUACAUGAACAGUCAAAACGCAUAAAAAGUUUCAGAUUUUUGGCCCAAAACGUUGUUGUGUAAACGACCCCUUAGAAAGAAAUAGCAUGGAAGGAUACAUGUGCCAUGUGUUUUUUUUCUAUUUUGUCUCAGGGAAAGAAAAAAAAAACUUUUUUAGAGAAUGCAAGUCAAAUGCAAGACAAUGUAAACUGCACUCAGAAAACUUCUUUAAAAUGUAUUGUCUACUAUAUUUUUUACAAAGUAAACUAUAGCAAUAUGUUAUUAUUUAAUUGUAUCAUUACGUCACAUCACUGAAGCUGUUGUAAUACAUGUUGAACAAAACAAAAAUGAUUGUUAAAGAUCUGAAAUAUUCAUAAAAUGUAAAAAAAAAGGGGAUUCAUCGUCUUUUACUCGAAUAUAUAGACAAUGCCAUGAAUUCAAUUCUGCUCUCAGAGCAUAUCAAAACAAACAUACAUCUCUGCAGGCUUAUGAGGAGAUUUCUGGGUAAAUGCUAUUAAUGUACUAUUAUUUCAAUAAGGUUUCAAUGACUAAAAGACUCAAGAUCCUAAUUAACUUAAUACCCAUGUGUUUUCAUAGCCCAUGCAUUGCAGUGACAUCAUGGGGACAUUUUCUGUAAACAUUCAAAAAGGGUUAAAUAGCACCGACCAUAAUUUUCUUGCUUGAAUAAACAUGAACUUUACAGAA